AUGGGUUAUAAGCUAUACACCCCUCCUGAUGGUCACUGGGGCCACAUUGGACCGGACGGGAAAUGGACAGGAAUGGUUGGCAUGGUUUAUAGAAAGGAAGCAGACAUUGCUAUCUCCGAUAUCAGCAUGACAAUACAGAGAGAACGAGUGAUUGACUUCACUUACCCCUACUUUAUUGACCCUACCAGCUUCCUAACACAAGCUCCUACAGAAAAACCCCGAGCGCUAGCCAUCAUUCGCCCCUUCACUUAUGAGGUGUGGAUCUCCAUUGGAGUGGCACUUGUUGUGACUUCCCUUAUAGUCUAUUUGCUGACCAUCCGGAAAUCUGGAGAACAGGAUGAGCGAUGGUCUCUAACACAGGCAGCUUGGUAUUUCUAUGGAGCUCUAACACAACAAGGUGGCGCUGAAAUAGUACCAGUUCGGAAUCCUGUGCGAGUGAUUGUUUCAGCGUGGUGGAUCUUUGCUAUUAUCAUCACGGCGGGAUUUAGCGGGACUCUGACGUCAUUCAUGAACGUCCCUGGUUUAAACCCAGCAGUAGACACAGUGUCUCAGUUAAUCAGUCUGGUGAAGGCUGGAACGUAUAAAGGGGGAACCAGAGAUGGAACAUCAGUCUUAACUAACUUUGAGAAAGCGAAAGAAGGAGCACUGCAGGUCCUUGGACAAGUGAUGGUCAAAGACAGGAAGGGUACCGUGGUCAAGGAUUUUCCUGAGGGGGUUCACAAGGUACUGAAUGAGCCGUACGCCCUCAUUUUCCCACAAGCGCCAAUGGAGGCAGCGAUAGCAAGCAUCGGGAAUGAAAAGUUUCAUUUCUCCACCGACAGGUUUUUCUCAGCUUACUACGCAGUCGUGAUUCCUAAAGGUUCACCUCUGAGAAAAGCUUUCGACGAAGUGCUAACCAGAAUUCGGGAAGCUGGUCUUAUUCCAAAAUGGAACAAAGAUAUUCUCGAACGAAGACGUCGAAAUCCGUCAGCUUUCAACGAAACAUCGGAGCUAUCCGCACCUGGUAGUGUGUCGUCACAGGAGCCCCUCACCCUGGACGACAUGAUCGGAGCCUUCUGUGUGCUAGCUCUAGGCUACACCCUGGGUUUUCUUCUUCUACUUUUAGAAUGUGUUACGAAGAAGGCGCGAGGUAACUCUGACCAAUAG